AUGUUUCCCUCGGGUUUCGGGUUUAGAGCAGUUGGGGUUAAUUUCCGCUCGGUCGCUGCCGUUUAAAAAAAAUAAAAAAAUAAAACAAGCAGCCUUCAGCUCUUCUGUGCCGGACAGCCGCCGCCGUCAUGUCCAACAACAAUGCCAGUAACAACUUAAUUAUCGCUCAGAGGGCCGUGAAGCAGCUCCGGUUGGAGGCCAGUAUCCGGAGGAUCAAGGUGUCCCAGGCUGCUGCUGAUCUGAGAAACUUCUGCUUGCAAAACGCCUCCAAGGACCCUCUCCUGAUGGGGGUCCCGUCCAGCGAUAAUCCCUUCAGACCCCCCAAGUCCUGCUCCCUGUUCUGAGCAACAUGAAACAUGGAGGAUUUCAGAAUAUGUCCGUCGAAGGCUUUCUUCACUUCUAAAUGAUGUCACUGUAGAUCUACCAGCAGUUCCUCUUGGGAUGACGCACACGAGGCUGAUGGGUUCGGGCGGGGGGGCGGCGGGGGGGGGAACUGGUCCACUUGUUUGCCAAAACUAAUAACUCCCAUCUGUUACAUUAACGCAGCAGCAAACUCUACAUGUUCAAAAACGGAGCAGAAGAUGUUCUAAGUUGACACUAACUUGACUAAUGAUUAAGCCGUUCUUGUGUGUACUUAACAUGUCCGGCAUUGAUUUUUACUGACGUUACGUGUCUGUUUCCAGUCUGUGAAAUUCUGCUCAUGUUCAUAGGUCCUGAAAGACUUACUUCCUCUUCUGUUUUGGGUGGCAGGUGGAAAAACAAUCAAGCAUUAAUUUAAAACAGGUGCUGUUACAGAAUAUUAAUAUUUUGUCAUACACACACACACACACACACACACACACACUCAGUUGUCUAUUUAUUAGAUACACCAUUCUGAUAUGAACGCAGUUUCAUGCAACACUCCUACAGCAAGUCUCUGCUCAUAAGGAUUAUCAUGUCCAGUUUUUGUUUCAACCCUCUGAACCCCAAGCGGUUUCUAGGUUUUUUUUUUUGCUGUGGGCUCAUUUUUUUCUAUUGAUGCACCUUUCUGGAAACAGCACAACCAUGGGUAGAAAGAGAGCUGUUACUUUUACAAAAAUUGAUUAAGUGGAAUCACAAUGUAUAACAUUUUUCUAAGAUCCCACAGGUGUUACCAACACUAAAAAAUAAAAAAAAAUGUUUCCAUUCUAUUUGCUUUGUGUAAACACAGCCUGC